AUGGAGGAGCUCAGAGCACAAGGUCUGUUGAAGAUGCACUGGUCUCCGGAGCACGCGGCCCCUCUGUCCCAGUGGCCUGAGCAGCACCUGGAUGUGUCUUCCACCACCUCCCCUCCCUCCUCCCACAAACACGACUCACGUGGUUACACCACUGCAGCCGGAUACCCCUGGGCCAGCGAUGACAUCUCUGCCCUCACCGCCUCUUCCUUGUUAAAACGCUAUGCUGAAAAGUACUCAGGCCUGGAGCUGCCCUACGAAAGGCCUGCCCCAGGGGCUUACUCAGAGCCUGGGGCCUUUCUGAAGAGUGAGACUGAGCCCUGGGCCCUGGGGCAGGGUAUGGAGUGUUACCCUGCGCUGGAGGCCCUGGCAGCAGGGGCCAAAGUGGGAUCAGCAUCAGUGGGCCUCCCUGGCACGGGCAGUGUGACGGUGGUGAACAGUAACUUGACCUCUGACCCUGGGUAUAGUGGUGGUGGUUCCUGUAAUGGCCCCCCAUCUCAGGACUACCCCCUCUCCUACAACAGCACCUACCUCUCCUCAGGAUACUGUCUCCAGCCCGGCUCAGUACUUCCCCCAGCCUCUCUGCAAACCACCCCCACCCUGGUGUCCAGCUACAACCCUACCAACCCUGUAUACAACUACCCACCAGGCUGCUACCCCCACCUCCAGACCAGCCUGGCAGCCAGCUACAGCCACAGCCACCCCAGUGCCUCCUACCUCCCCUCUGGGCUGAGCACCCCUACCCCCCUGACCCCCCGGUCCACCAUGGCGGGGGGCAGCUAUGGCUACUCCAGUCACAGCCUAGGGGCCGGCUCUGAGACAGGUGGGCCGCUGAAACGCAAGGCCUUUGAGAUGGCGGAAGAGGGGGAGGAGGGAGGAGAAGGAGAUGGCUCGCGGUACAGGAAGUUCGUCAACGGACACAGCAAGAGCCACGGAAAUGGUCACGGCAACGACUACGACAUAGCGGGCUCAGAAGUCCAGGCCUACAAGCCCGGCAAGCCUCUGGUGUCGCCUCCUUAUGUUGGCCAGGGCGAGUACAGCCCCUCCUCAGGCCUAGGUGGGGAGAGUGGGGGAGGAGGGGAACAUGGCUUUCCCCAUCAGAGGCUGGCCAUGAAGAUGCCUGCGUCACAUGCACGAUCUGAGGACCCAACUGGAGGACGCUAGAUCAGGCACUUGAAAGGAACACUCUCUGGGGGUCCUUUGGUUUUAUUGGCAUUUAAAAAACAAGUAGAGUACUUACUCUGACAAAAACUGGGGGAAAAUAAUAAUUGGAUUUUGCAAUGAGAGGUCAUGUGAUCUAACCUGGAAGGAGAGAAAAUGGCAAAUGACUUGAAUCCACCUCCUAUCUUAUAUCAUUUUCAUUCUUAAAUUUUCUCCAAAGAGUCAAGGGUCACUUUGUCCUGUAUGGGUGUGGUGAGGUGGUGUGAGGACAGAGGGAGGGAUCUAGAUGGAUAGGGCUAAAUCAGGCAGUCUGAAUGGAUUACCGACUGCUUCUCUCAGGAUCCUAUUUAUUUCCCAAUCUGCUACUUUGGCAGACAGUGACAUUGCAAUGUUGUUGUUUUGAAGAGUUGCUCUCUUAAUUGGAGUGGCCACUUGAUAUGGAAAGGACGUUUGACUCUAUUACCUCCUACAGCACCAUAAGAAUCAUAACCUUUCAGACCAAAAAGUAGAGAAGAAGAACAUAAUUGAUGUGAUGUACUUUAAUAACUUGGACACCACGAGCACAAUGACAGCUCUUCUGAGGCUUGGUGCCUCUAUACAACUCGCUUUGAAACGAAUGUCCCCCUCUCCCCCCUUCCCUUUUCCCUGUUUUCUUUUGACAGUGUUUCUAUGUUAUUUCUCCCUUUCUCUACCUCUCAUCACUACAUUUUCAUCAUGUUUUCCCUUCCCUGCUUUUUCUCAGUUUGUUUCACUCACUCUUUUUCUUUUUCUGUUAAAGCUGCAAUAUGUAACUUUUUGGGCAACCUGACCAAAUUCACAUAGAAAUGUGAGUUAUAGAUAUGUUAUUCUCAUCGAAAGCAAGCCUAAGAAGCACUAGAUAUAUUCUAUGUGCUCUAUUUCUAUGCUUACCGGUCUUUAGUUUUUGCUUCUUUUACUUUCGGUUUUGUACACCAGCUUUAAACAGCUGAAAAUACAAUAGCUUUGGUUAUUGAAAAUAUAUUUCACAGCAGUUUAGAUGGUACAAUGAUUCUCUACACUAUGCAUUGCUUAUUUUGUCAAAAACUGAAAUUAGGUGAACUAUUGUUCAUUAUGCACUGUUACAUGCAGCUCUAUCAAUACAUUGAAAUACUUAAACCUGCAGAAAGAGAUACUUAAACCUGCAGAAAGAGAUACUUGUAGAAACAUACUUGAGAGAGAGAAUUUUAACUACAGCAUAUAAACUCAGCAAAAAAAGAAAGUCCUCUCACGGUCAACUGCGUUUAUUUUCAGCAAACUUGUGUAAAUAUUGAUAUGAACAUAAGACCCAACAACUGAGACAUACACUGAAUCAGUUCCACAGACAUGUGACUAACAGAAAUGUAAUAAUGUGUCCCUGAGCAAAGGGGGGGGGUCAUGUUAGGAGGGUCAUAUUAGGAUGAGCCUGUAGGAAGGGUACCACGAGGGAGGAGGAUGUCUUCCCUGUAACGCACAGCGUUGAGAUUGCCUGCAAUGACAACAAGCUCAGUCCGAUGAUGCUGUGACACACCGCCCCAGACCAUGACGGACCCUCCACCUCCAAAUCGAUCCCGCUCCGGAGUACAGGCCUCGGUGUAAUGCUUAUUCCUUUGACGAUAAACGCGAAUCCGACCAUCACCCCUGGUGAGACAAAACGGCGACUCGUCAGUGAAGAGCAAUUUUUGCCAGUCAUGUCUGGUCCAGCGACGGUGGGUUUGUGCCCAUAGCCGACGUUGUUGUCGGUGAAGUCUGGUGAGGACCUGCCUUACAACAGGCCUACAAGCCCUCAGUCCUGCCUCUCUCAGCCUAUUGCGGACAGUCUGAGCACUGAUGGAGGGAUUGUGCAUUCCUAGUUUAACUUGGACAGUUGUUCUUGCCAUCCUGUACCUGUCCCGCAGGGGUUAUGUUCGUACCGAUCACAUGCAGGUGUUGUUACACGCGGUCUGCCACUGCAAGGACGAUCAGCUGUCCUUCCUGUCUCCCUGUAGCGCUGUCUUAGGCUUCUCACAGUACGGACAUUGCAAUUUAUUGCUCUGGCCACAUCUGCAGUCCUCAUGCCUCCUUGCAGCAUGCCCAAGGCACAUUCACACAGAUGAGUAGGGACCCUGGGCAUAUUUAUUUUGGUGUUUUUCAGAGUCAGUAGAAAGGCCUCUAAAGUGUCCUAAGUUUUGAUAACCGUGACCUUAAUUGCCUACUGUCUGUAAGCUGUUAGUGUCUUAACGACCGUUCCACAGGUGCAUGUUCAUUCAUUGUUUAUGGUUCAUUGAACAAGCAUGGGAAACAGUGUUUAAACCCUUUACAAUGAAGAUCUGUGAAGUUACUUGAAUUUUUAUGAAUUAUCUUUGAAAGACAGGGUCCUGAAAAAGGGGCGUUUCUUUUUUUGCUGAGUUUACUAAAGAGUAGUACACUGUCAAACCAAUGCAAAUGUGCCGUUUUCAUAGAGAUACUCUUAGAAUCCUAAAAUCGGAGUCUGCUUGUGUUUUUGAUGUAUGCAUUCUUUUUUCUUUUUGCCUUUUUAAAGAAAUAUAUGUAGUCUUGUUAUUGAAUACUCAGGAAGAUUGUUGUAUUGUAAAAUAAUGUAUGUAUGUAUGUAUUACCUUUGGUGUUUGUAGGGAGCUUUAUGGAGAAUAUAAUAGAGUCAUGGCUGUUGUAAUACAGACACUGUACACUUCAGGGAACACAGAGCUUUUAGGGCCACCAAUAUUAGCGUUUGUGUGCGCGCACACACACACACACAUGCACAAACACUCACACGUCCCCACACACACUUACACAUAAGCAUGCACACACGCACAGCCACGUAGAUUCAAAUAUUUGAAUACCCACAGAACACUGCCAGUCUUUUAACUUGCAAAUUGAAACUUGAGAUUCCUACCAAUGCCUGAAACGUAGAAUUUAAUUCAAUAUAUUUUAUUCAAAGGAUAAUAGAAACCAUAAUGUACAUCAAUAAUUGUUUUAGAUAUAUAAAACAUAUUUGCUUUAUUUCCCAUCUAGAUUUUGGUGGAGUGAUGAUCUUCAUUAAGUGUUAUGUAGUUAGCAAAGGGGAAGAAACACUUUUUCUGAACAAACAUUGACAUCCUGUGACAAAAUGCAAAUGACAACUUUCAGCCUGUAGUGCUCAAACAUGAAAGCUUUGCUUGACGUCAGAAGUGAAUGUCUACAUCCAUCAAAUACCUUCCUAUCAACGUAACCUAGAAAUGACAUUAGGUAUGUUUCUGAAAUGUCUUAACUCUAUGUGACUAUACACCUCAGUAACAGGUCCUUUCUCCAGACCCCUCUACUUUGUGUUUUCUAUAGUAGCCGUGUACAGCUGCUGGGCCUCUAUAGACCUCACUGUGCCUAUUAUAAUACUGAUCUAUUACCUCAGGACACAGUGGUGAAAACAACAUCAGAGCCUCAAGAAUCACCAAAAAUAUCACAACUGAAGAAAUAAUAAACACUUCCUAAACCCCCUUUACUCUAAAUAUGCCCAUUUUUCAUAAUAGAUUUUGUUUUUAUGGCUAUAGGUUAACCAGGGCAUUGGAUAAGCAACAUCAUUUUUGAAUUUAUUUGCAAAAGAUGUUUAUUCUGUAGCUAAGGGCUAUUACUGUAGCUGCUUUGUUCCAAGCAGACAGACAUACUGUACACGUCCAAGGCUACCACAUCAUCCUGGGUAUAAAGUGUGCCAUAUAUGAUAUCCCUCUUAUACAUUUGCAAACUGUUGGGGCUCAGAAUCUCUAUCUUUAACAUUCAGUUCAAAUAUAAUUUAAAAAUCCUUCCAGAUCCAAAGAACAUUAACAGUAUUUUGCAGAGAGGUUGUGCUAGUAAGUGUCCUAGGUUUCAGACAUUCAUACAUAUUUCAGUUGUUUCAGCAGCUCUUGAAUCAUCUGCACCAGAAAAACAUUCACAAUAACAAAAUAUGUACACAGUGGAUUGCAUCAGUGCCAAAUAAUAAUUUAAUAUAAACUUUUUGUUAGCAUUAAGCAUUUACCUUUUUGUUAGCAUUAUAGAAUUGUAUCAGUUCUGAGUGCUGACUCUGUGAAGGGCUGAGAAAAUAGUUUCACAAUCCAGAAAACUGAUGAAUUGGAAAAGCGCUUAGCAACAAGUAAAUUAACACUCAUAAUGCAAUGUGCAUUAAGCUUUAAGUCACAAUUACUAAUAAUAAGGUUAGCCUGGCCUCCUUUCUUUGUUGUUGUCCCAAGUUGAUGUUCUUCAGCAUCAUCAAUAUGAAGGUGUACGUGGAGAUAAGUUUGUCCAACAAAAGUGGGAUUUCAACACUAUCUUUUUAAUACAGUAGUAUUAUUAUUGUAUCUUGUACAUUCUCUAGCCAUUUCUACCUCAUUUUUAAGACGGUCAUGGAAAUAUUUAUUUCCUGUUGUUUCACAUGUCUGUUAUGGAAUAAUGAUGAUUCUUGAACUGUUUUAGUCUACCUCACAAAAGGCUAUUUUAAAAUAAAAAUGUUUAAUGGAAAUGAAGAGAUAAUGCCCAA